UGCAACAUGAAUACAUGAUCAUGAUUAUGUUUUGAAAUGUUGAAUACGUUUUAUUCAAUAACUACUGUACAAGGUAUACUUUUUUAUUUAUGGACUCGACUACUAAAAAAGAAACAUUUAAACAUCACCAAAAUGAUGCCAGUCGUCCAAUUCAACGACCAAAAUCUUUGACGACUCAUCCUCCAGUAGUUGCAACUAUUGUUGCGAAAGCAGUUACUGUAAGCAAGCUUGAAAACAACGAAUUAACUGCAAUUGGUAAAUAUGGAUUUGCGUUGGCUGGAGAUGUGAAAUUAAAUUACUAUCAACUCUUACUUUAUGGUAGUAAAAAUUCUAUUCUCGCCAAUCUCAUAUUAACCAAAGAUUUCAAGUACAAUGUAAAUGAAAAUAAUACGGUUGAAUUCUUUUCCAAAGAUAAUUGGCAUUUAGAAUUUUCAAGUACAAAUGACGCUGUGGACUUCAAUUCACAUUUGGCAUUUGUACUGUGGAAGCUUAAUGGGUAUAAGGAAUUGUUUUGGUUUGAUCUUUAUUAUCCAUCUCGGAAUGACAAUGUAGCAAUGUUUGGCAGUGUUGUGGAGAUAAUUUAUGUUGCGAAUACAAUUCAGGGUAAUAAAAUUGGACCAGAAGUUUCUAAUAACAUUGAAGAUAGUCAAUACUUAAAAGUUAAUGUAAAUCAAGAUGGCUGGGAAAGAUCUUUAUUAGGGGUUAAUAACAACACUCAAAGAAUUAUAUACAUACCAUUUGCUGAAAUGGGUGCUUGGAAAAUUUUGACUAAUGGCCGACAAUGUUUAUGUUUAACUGUAACUGUGAAAAAUGUUUAUGAAAUUAAAGAAAAUGUCAUAAAUGAUUUUCCAGAAGAUGUCAUAAAUGAUUUUUCAGAAAAUGUAAGCCAAGAAUCAAUAAGUGUAGCUCCUAAAAAUAAUUCUUCUUUAGCUCAAACAAAAGAUAUUUUUCAAGCAAAAGAUAUUAUUGAGGACAACCAAACUGAUCAAAUCAUUGCUCCGUUAAGGUCAGUUUGUAUUGAAUCGUUAUAUGAAGAAUUUGAAAAAUUUAAAUUAGAUAGUAUAAAAACCAAUGACAGAUUAACAAAAUUAGAAGCAUUGGUUAUAGAAAAGCCAAAUAAAAUAGAAAAUUCAAACGAAUUAAAGAAAUCCAUGAAAAUCUUGUAUAAGAGUAUAGCACGCGAGUUUCCUGUUGAUCAAACAUUUUCUGGAAGUCAAAUUCAAACAAUUAUCCAGAACAUUUUCUAUAAUACAUUAAUGUCUACCAAUCAGUCUCAUUCCAAAAAUGAUUAAUGAAAAGUUAAUCAUAAUUAAAUUGUUAUACUAUGUCAUUU